AUGUCUCUCCGAACAAAAGACGUUACAUUAGCCGACAAGUUUACACGGACCAGAAACAGCCACCCCACAGCGGCCUUGGACCCUUGGACACACAAACUCCCGACACCGCUGAACGUUCUCAUCAUCGGCGCGUCGCGCGGUAUAGGAGCUGGCAUCGCACAUGCAUACGCUCAAGCCGGUGCUGCGAAUCUCAUCCUAUCCGCGCGCGCGUCUUCGGACAAAGAACUCUCAGCGGUCGCGCAGGAAGCCAGAGAACUUGCUCCCUCUGUCCUAAUCACGUGCCUACCAGUCGACAUUACUUCAUCAGAGAGUGUAGCGGAACUAGCGAGACAUGUGAAAGAGAAAGUUGGCAAGCUCGACAUUCUGGUUCUCAACUCUGGGUACUCUGGUCCAGUGGUUCUCAAGAUUGACGAAGGCAAUCCGCAGGACUUCAGGGAUGUUUUUGAUGUCAAUGUUCAGGGGACCUAUCUCGUUGCGCACCACUUCAUUCCGUUGCUGAGAGAGAGUGAUGGCGCAAAGACGUUCAUUGCCGUGAACUCUUUCGCAACUCUAAUAACAAGUGGACAUAUCGCGAACACUGGAUACUGCGUAUCGAAGCUUGCACAGGCGAGGCUUAUGGAGUAUAUCGCUGAACAGUAUGGCAAGGAGGGUGUGCUGUCGAUUGCGGUGCAUCCGGGGGCCGUACUGACGGAGAUGGCAGAGCAGACGGCGCCGCAGAGUGUGAUGCCUUAUCUCACUGACGAUGCUGGCUUAUGCGGGGCAUUUUGUGUGUGGUUGAGCCGCGAGAAGAAAAUGUGGUUGAACGGCAGGCUCAUCAGCGCCACUUGGGAUAUUGAUGAAUUGCUGGAGAAGAAACUGCAGAUCGAAGAAGAGGAUUUGUUGAAGGUUGGUUUCAGAGUUGGCGAUGCUUCUGCUGCUGCAUCUGGCCAGUCCUGA